UACAAAUAAUAAGAUGGUAACGAGUUAUGUUACAAUAUUUAAAAAUGGCACCACUUAUAAUUGAUUUUGAAAAAGUUUGUCGAUUAUGUCUUCGUGACGAUGAUGGAAAUAGUAAAAUGGUAUCAAUAUUUGAAAAACCAGUUCUUGAAGAGACUAUAAGAAAUUGUGUACAAAUUGAGGUGUUAUUAAAUACUGAUGAACCAACUAAUAUAUGUACAAGUUGCAUAUUAAGUUUGGAUUCUUGGGCUAAAUUCAAAUUACUGUGUGAUAAUACCAAUGCAUUUUUACAGCAAUACAGACAGGAUAAGAACGAGUCUGACUUAGUGUUCAAUUCUGAUAUAACAAACUUAGGACCAAUGGGAUUCACACCAUCUCAAAUGUCAGACUUGAGCAUCAGUUUUUUUGAAAGUGAUUCUUUAUGGAAUGGUUUAACACAACCAUGGAACGAAAAUGAUCCUAUAUGUACGGAUUCUCCUUUUCCAAAGUAUAUGAAAAAAGUACAACCACCUGAAGAUUUAAUUAAUGAUACCAUAUCUGGUAAGGAAUGUUUGGAUUUAGCUUUGAAUGUAUUAAGCAAAAAAGGCUCUAAUUUUACCAAAGCCAAUUGGUGGAAUCCUAAAGCUAUUUCUAUGAAAAAAAUACAAAAAGAAAAUGAAAAACCUAUUUUAAAAAAUGGAAUUUCAAAAUCAAUGGCUAAAUAUAAUCGAUAUCAGCGUAAAACGUAUUCUUGUAACCUAUGUUUGGAAAAAUUUACAAAAUUCAACGAUCUCAUUAUGCAUGACACAGAAGUGCACACCAACAUGCCAAAGAAUUAUAGUUGCAAAAAAUGUGGAAAACUGUUUUUAUCCGAAGAGCGUUUAGAUAUACACGAAAAGGUUCAUAGAGAAAAAUCUUUCGUUUGUCAAAUGUGUCAAAAGAAGUUUACUCAACAAAAAACUCUUGAUAUCCAUUUGAAUGUUCAUAUUGGUUUAUACCCUUGUCAGAAAUGUGACUUUAAAGCUCAGACUAUGUACAAUUUAAAAAUACAUGAAAAUACUCAUUCAAAAGUCAAAGAGUAUUGUUGCCAGGAAUGUAAAAAGGAGUUUUCUACUGUAUCAUCAUUGCGUAGACAUAAUCGUCUUGUUCAUCAAAAGUUAGUUUGGUUCCGUUGUGAUAAAUGUGAUUACUCUACAAGCCAGCCAUCAAAUAUGAAGUAUCACAAAUCUAGCCAUGAGCCACAAAAUUGUAUUUGUGAUCAUUGUGGUGCACGUUUUAAAAAUCGAGAUUUGUUUAAGGUACAUUUAAAAACACACGAAGAAGCUAAGUUGAGUUGUGCUCAUUGUGGAAAAUUGUUUAAAAAAAAGUCACACCUCAAGGAACAUUUAAGCAGUUGCUAUGCAUUGGGAUAUAGCAUAAAACAAUUUAAAUGUGAUGCAUGUGAAAAAUACUUCACGAGAAUUAAGACUUUGCAUAAUCACAAAAAUAAAUGUCAUCCAAUUAUUGAAAUUUAAUUUAAAAAUAUAUUUAUAAUAUGUUGUUAUUUUUACUAUUUUCAUCUGAAAUUACAACUAGUAUAAGCAAUUAUUUUUUACACCUUUAUACAUUUAAAUUUAAUUAAAUAAUAAUUAAUUUGUAAUAAUUUCUCUCAGACUACCUAUUGAAUGUCAAAUGUUUUUUA